GCUUGGUGGCGGCUACAUACGACUGCCCCUCUCCCUGCGCUACGCCCGUAGACGUCCCCUCACGAACCAUACCAUCCUUGUGACUUCUCUGUCUUGCUUAGAGAGCUUGAAGUAUCGCGAAAAUGAGUCAAGAAGUUGACCCAACCCAGCAGUCCUACUAUGACGAGACGGGCUACGGGCUCGAAGGGGACGACGAGGACGAUGAGGCCCUCGAGGAAAUCACACAGGAAGACUGCUGGACCGUCAUCUCCAGCUUCUUCGACCAAAAGGGUCUCGUCCGGCAGCAGCUUGACUCCUUCGACGAGUUUGUGCAAAACACGAUGCAGGAGCUCGUGGACGAGAACGCGGACCUCAUCCUUGACCAGAGCGACCAGCACACGGGUCACGAAGGCGACGUCAACCGGCGGUACGAGAUCAAGUUCGGGCAGAUCUACUUGUCGAGGCCGACGGUCACGGAGGCGGAUGGUUCGGUCGUCCCUGUGUUCCCCCAGGAAGCGAGGCUGAGGAACCUGACGUACUCUGCGCCGCUGUAUAUCGAGAUGAAGAAGCGGGUGAUGAUUGGGAGGGAGGACCCGGAUAGUCUGACGGGUGACAUGAUCUGGGAGCCAGAGCAGGACGAUAACCCGGAGGACACUAGGAAGGUUUGGAUUGGCAAGGUGCCCAUCAUGCUACGGUCUUCCUUCUGCAUUCUCUACGAGCUCUCCGACACGGAGCUGUACGACCUCAACGAGUGUCCUUUCGACUCCGGAGGAUACUUCAUUAUCAACGGCUCCGAGAAAGUCUUGAUUGCGCAAGAGCGCAUGGCUACGAACCACGUCUACGUCUUUGCGAAGGCACAACCUUCCCCCAUCAGCUUCCUCGCGGAGAUCCGUAGUGCGGUCGAGCGGGGUGGAAAGACGAUUAGUCAGUUCCAGGUCAAGCUCUACCACCGCAACCAGGAGCGUUCGCUCGGGAAUGUCAUGAAAGCCACAAUUCCUUACAUCAAAGUCGACAUUCCCAUCUGGGUCGUCUUCCGCGCUCUCGGUGUGAUUUCCGACCGCGACAUCCUCGAACAUAUCUGCUACGACAUGCAGGACGCGCAGAUGCUCGAGAUGCUCAAGCCGUGCAUCGACGACGGCUUCGUGAUCCAGGAUCGCGAGGUCGCACUGGACUUCAUCGGCAACCGUGGUACAACCACUGGUCUCAACCGCGAGCGCCGUCUGCGGUAUGCGCAGGAGAUUUUGCAGAAGGAAAUGUUGCCGCACGUCUCGAUGGCGGAGGGCUCAGAGUCGAAGAAGGCAUACUUCUUUGGAUAUAUGAUUCACCGACUGCUCCUUGCUGCUAUGGAGCGGAGAGACUUGGACGACCGUGAUCACUUUGGCAAGAAGCGGUUGGACCUUGCCGGACCCCUGCUCGCCAACCUCUUCCGUAUGCUCUUCCGGAAGCUGACGAAGGACGUAUACCGCUACUUGCAGAAGUGUGUUGAGACGCACAAGGAGUUCAACCUCAACCUCGCUGUCAAGCAUAACACGAUCACGAACGGCCUCAAGUACUCCCUCGCCACUGGGAAUUGGGGCGACCAGAAGAAGUCGAUGGCUUCAAAGGCUGGUGUCUCGCAGGUGCUGAACCGGUACACCUACGCGUCUACGCUUUCGCACUUGCGUCGUUGUAACACGCCUCUGGGACGAGAGGGGAAGAUCGCAAAGCCUCGUCAGCUGCACAAUACUCACUGGGGUAUGGUCUGCCCAGCAGAGACGCCAGAAGGACAGGCCUGCGGUCUUGUCAAGAACCUUUCGCUCAUGUCAUGUAUCUCCGUCGGCUCGCUCUCCGCGCCGGUCAUCGAGUUCCUGGAGGAGUGGGGUCUGGAAUCGCUGGAGGAGAACGCUCACUCCGCAACGCCGUGCACGAAGGUCUUCGUGAACGGUGUAUGGAUGGGUGUACAUCGCGACCCGGCAAACCUUGUGAAGACGAUCAAGAAGCUUCGUCGCAAGGACGAUAUCAGCCCCGAAGUGUCGGUCGUGCGCGACAUCCGUGAACGGGAGCUGCGAUUGUACACGGACGCAGGCCGUGUAUGUCGCCCCCUGUUCAUCGUGGAGAACCAACAGUUGCUCCUCACGAAGAAGCAUAUCCAAUAUAUCAACAACGGGAAGGAUGACGAGGGCACCGAGUACAAGUGGGACUCGCUUGUAAAAAGUGGGGUGAUCGAGCUCCUCGAUGCCGAGGAAGAGGAGACCGUCAUGAUUUGCAUGACCCCAGACGAUCUGGAGGCGUCGAGGUUGCAAACGCACGGCCUCGACCAGAGUGCCAACGAUACCGAGUUCGACCCUGCAGCUCGAUUGAAGGCGACGACCAGCAUCCAUACCUGGACGCACUGCGAGAUUCACCCCAGCAUGAUACUCGGUGUGUGUGCUAGUAUCAUCCCCUUCCCCGAUCACAAUCAGUCACCUCGUAAUACCUACCAAUCCGCCAUGGGUAAGCAAGCCAUGGGUAUCUACCUCACCAACUUCCUGGUUCGUAUGGACACGAUGGCGAACAUCCUGUAUUACCCGCAGAAGCCCCUCGCCACCACGCGGUCCAUGGAGUACUUGCGAUUCCGAGAGCUUCCUGCUGGUCAGAACGCCAUUGUUGCCAUCCUGUGCUACAGCGGUUACAACCAGGAAGAUUCCGUCAUCAUGAACCAGAGCUCCAUCGACCGAGGGUUGUUCCGCAGUAUGUACUACCGCAGCUACAUGGACCUCGAGAAGAAGAGCGGCAUCCAGCAGCUCGAGGAGUUCGAGAAGCCCACACGAGAUACGACUCUUCGCAUGAAGCACGGUACUUACGACAAGCUCGAGGACGAUGGUCUCAUCGCUCCUGGCACAGGUGUCAACGGCGAGGAUAUCAUCAUCGGCAAGACUGCUCCUAUUCCUCCAGAUAGCGAAGAGCUCGGGCAGCGGACGCGUAACCAUACAAAACGGGAUGUGUCGACGCCGCUGAAGAGCACGGAGAGUGGUAUCAUUGACCAGGUGCUGAUCACGACGAAUGCGGAGGGACAGAAGUUCGUCAAGAUCCGUGUGCGGUCGACGCGUAUUCCGCAGACCGGUGACAAGUUCGCGUCUCGGCACGGUCAAAAGGGUACAAUUGGUAUCACGUACCGCCAGGAGGACAUGCCGUUCACUGCGGAGGGUAUCACACCUGACAUCAUCAUCAACCCCCAUGCCAUCCCGUCGCGUAUGACAAUCGGUCACUUGGUCGAGUGCUUGCUCUCGAAGGUGGCGACACUCAUCGGGAACGAGGGUGACGCGACACCAUUCACUGAUCUCACCGUCGAAUCUGUCUCCCAGUUCCUGCGGCAGAGAGGUUAUCAGUCGCGCGGCUUGGAGGUGAUGUACCACGGGCAUACCGGUCGCAAGCUGCAAGCCCAAGUCUAUCUCGGACCCACGUACUACCAGCGUCUCAAGCACAUGGUGGACGACAAGAUUCACUCCCGUGCAAGAGGCCCAGUACAGAUCCUGACGAGGCAACCAGUCGAGGGUCGUAGCCGUGACGGUGGUCUGCGGUUCGGAGAGAUGGAACGUGAUUGUAUGAUUUCGCAUGGUGUCGCAGCGUUCCUCAAGGAACGUCUGUUCGAGGCGAGUGACGCUUACCGGCUACAUGUCUGCGACAUAUGCGGUCUCACCGCUAUCGCAAACCUUAAAAAGCAAACCUUCGAAUGCCGGUCAUGUAAGAACAAGACAGCAUGUUCACAAUUGUAUAUUCCCUACGCGGCCAAGCUGCUGUUCCAGGAAUUGCAAAGCAUGAACAUCGCUGCCCGCUUGUACACAGUGUCCACAGGGCGCAUCAGGGACUAGGUUGCUCAGUGCUCAUGGACACUCCUCGCUUUCGGUUUCAGAGCUAUCUUGCAUGCAUGUAUACUACAGAUGAUCGAUAUAAUCUAACGAAUGUUGCGACAUUAG